GUGGCGGCGCGGGCGCAUGGAGCGGGCGCUGUGGGCGUGGGGCGCAAAUAGCUAUGGACAGCUGGGCUUUGGUCAUAAAGAGGAUGUACUGCUACCUCAGUCACUGGAAAAUUUUCCAUGCAACCAGCAAAGGAUUAAAAGCAUCACUGGAGGAGGAGGGCACUCGGCAGCUAUCACUGAUGCAGGUGAACUCUUUGUAUGUGGCCAAAACAAAGAAGGACAGUUGGGACUGAAUCAUACAGAGGAUGUACUUUGUUUUACUUUGUGCACUGCAUUGUCCAGCUUGCAUGUGAUACAGGUUGCCUGUGGUUGGGAUUUUACAGUCAUACUUACAGAAAAUGGUGAAGUUUUAUCCUGUGGUUCUAACUCUUUUGGACAGUUAGGACUUCCCCGGACUUCAGGAGGAUGCUUGAGCCCACAAAAGAUUGAGUCCCUUAGGGAGAAGAUUGUGAAUGUUGCUGCAGGAAUCAGACAUGCUCUUGCUGCCACAGAAAGUGGGUUAGUUUUCCAGUGGGGAACUGGCAUGGCAUCUCGGGCAAAACGGAUGGACCGAGGCAGAACUAUCCCACCCUUUCUGACAGCAAAGGAACCGUGUAGAGUAUCAGGCCUGGAAAAGGUAAAGGUGAAAAGAAUCACUGCCAGUUCUUACCAUUCGGUGUCACUUACAGAUAAAGGAGAAUUGUAUGUCUGGGGAAGCAACAAACAUGGGCAACUUGUGAGCAAAGAGAUUUUUCUUGCUGAGCCAGUCAAAAUAGAAGCUAAUUUUUUCUCAGAUGAAAAGAUUGGAGCAGUCUGGAGUGGAUGGACCCACUUGGUGGCACAAACAGAAUCUGGCAAGGUCUUCACAUGGGGUAGAGCAGACUACGGACAACUUGGAAGAAGUUCAGUUCAUGAUGGACAAAGGCAGGAGGUGUGCAGAAUAUCUGAAGAGCAUUCGGAGCAGUUACUUAAUGUCCCAGUUCCCGUGCCUUGCCUUACUGGAGCAUCUCAGAUUGCAUGUGGCUCAGAACAUAAUCUGGCAAUAGUUGGUGCUGAACAGCAUAGAGGGAUCCAUGAGUGUACAGGCAGAUUAGAUGCAUCAGCAGCUGAAGGUAGCCAAUGUUUCUCAUGGGGAUGGAAUGAACAUGGCAUGUGCGGAGAUGGUACAGAAGCAAAUAUUUAUGCCCCGAAGCCAAUCCCAGCUUUUGGUUCUGCAGAACUGUUCUUAAUUGGAUGUGGGGCAGGACACUCCAUGGCUCUUUGUCAGACUCCAUUAGAUGUUACACACAGGGAAUCAUAGCCUCAUGGGUUUGGACAUCUUUGUGUAUUGCUCCUCAGAAGUUUUGUGAGAAUUAGUUAUUAGUGCUAAAGGUGUAGAGAGAACAAAGGGUACAAAUCCCUUCAUUCUAAAGUCCAAAAAUGAGCUAUUAUGCUGAGAAAGCUGUUUAAUAGAGAUGUGCAUAAAUAUAUUACUGUAAAUUAUGUCACACAUUCUUUUCACAGGAGAUGACUUUACUGCCUGUGGGUGAAAUGAAUAAACAUUUUGCUUUGACGCAGCAUAAAUGAAGCAGGAAGGACUUUUCCUUCAACAUUUAUAACAACAACAUACAAAGUUAUCUUGAAUGGUUUUAGUAGGUGAAAACUGAUUAUUAUUAGAAAAAAGUGUUAUUCACUGACAUAGGGGAGGGUUUGGAUGGGGUUUGAAGGAAGUAGUUUAAGGCUUCAGAGUACAGAAUACAGGCUUUGGUAUAUGUUGCUGAGCACAUGCAUCUCCUAUUUCUUGGAGCCGUGAAUAUCCUCAGCUUCUAAAAAUAGGUCCAUAUUAAAUGCACACAUUGGUGAA